UGAGAGCAGUAAGGUGGACAAGGACCUUGAGGUAAAAAGGGCCAUAGCAAUCAGUCUUGCUCUGGAUUUUCCCAAGGCUAGGAAACCCUCCGAGCCUAGCCACAGGCGGUCCCCUGAGAGCGAGGAAGAUGCAGGGCUCUGCAAUCAACCAGGAUUGGGUUCCUGUAGCCCGGUGGAUGGUUUGCAGAGCCCCGGAGCCGAAGCACAGCCUGCGGAGACUUCCAGGGCUACACCAGGCACGGUUGUCGUGCUGCUGUCCCCCUCUCGCACUUCCAGCGAAGGUUGCCAAGCUUCUGGAGAAGCCGCCAGGGAGGACGAGCAUGUUUGGCCACAGCAGCAAAGAAGGCGAGCAAAGGAAGACGAGGAGGAAAGGUCACUUAAAGUGGCUGAUGUGAAGAAGACAUUUGAAAAGCAGAAGCCGGCGGCAGAGAAGGCUGCGUCCCCUGCCAGGAAAGAAACAAUGAGACGGGUGGUACGACAGAGCAAGUUUCGGCACGUGUUCGGCCAGGCGGUGAAAAAUGACCAGUGUUACGAUGACAUUCGAGUGUCCCGGGUUACUUGGGAUAGCUCGUUUUGUGCAGUCAACCCCAAAUUCGUCGCGAUAAUCAUAGAAGCGAGUGGGGGAGGCGCAUUCCUGGUUCUGCCUUUACACAAGACAGGUAGAAUUGACAAGUCGUAUCCCACAGUGUGUGGCCACACCGGACCAGUGCUGGACAUAGACUGGUGUCCUCACAACGAUCAAGUGAUUGCCAGCGGCUCAGAAGAUUGCACAGUGAUGGUCUGGCAGAUCCCAGAGAACGGUCUCACCCUCUCCCUGACGGAGCCGGUCGUCAUCCUAGAGGGCCAUUCCAAAAGAGUGGGCAUUGUAGCUUGGCACCCCACCGCCCGCAACGUGCUGCUAAGCGCAGGCUGCGACAACGCCGUCAUCAUCUGGAACGUGGGGACGGGGGAGCCCCUCAUUAACCUGGACGACAUGCACCAAGACAUGAUCUACAACGUCAGCUGGAACCGCAACGGCAGCCUCAUCUGUACGGCUUCCAAAGACAAGAAAGUCCGCGUGAUUGAUCCCCGGAAGCAAGAGAUAAUAGCGGAGAAAGAGAAGGCGCAUGAAGGGGCACGGCCCAUGCGGGCCAUCUUCCUCUCGGAUGGGAACGUCUUCACCACCGGGUUCAGCCGCAUGAGCGAGCGGCAGCUGGCCCUCUGGAACCCUAAAAAUAUGGAAGAGCCCGUUGCCCUUCACGAAAUGGACACCAGCAACGGUGUCCUGUUGCCGUUCUACGACCCUGACACGAAUAUCCUUUACUUAUGUGGGAAGGGCGACAGCAGCAUCCGUUACUUCGAGAUCACAGGCGAGUCUCCCUAUGUGCACUACCUCAACACCUUCAGCAGCAAAGAGCCACAGAGAGGGAUGGGCUUCAUGCCGAAAAGGGGCCUGGACGUGAACAAGUGUGAGAUCGCCAGGUUCUUCAAACUUCACGAGAGGAAGUGCGAACCGAUCAUCAUGACCGUCCCUCGGAAGUCUGACCUCUUCCAAGAUGACCUGUAUCCCGAUACAGCUGGGCCAGAAGCUGCCCUGGAAGCCGAGGAAUGGUUUGAGGGGAAGAACGCCGACCCCAUUCUCAUCUCCUUGAAGCACGGAUACAUUCCGGGGAAGAACCGGGACCUCAAGGUGGUCAAGAAGAACAUACUGGACAACAAGCCAGCAGCCAACAAGAAGAGUGAUCUCAUCAGCACCCCAAAGAAAGCGAUGGACACCUCAAACCCCCAAAACGAAGCCAAAUUGGAAGAAAUCUUGAAAGAGCUCAGAUCGCUAAAAGACACAAUCGCUCAUCAGGACGAACGCAUUUCCAAAUUAGAACGGCAGGUGGCGAAGAUGGCCGUCUGAGAGCCAAGCCGGGAGGGGGGGCGGUGGGGGGAGGAAGCAGGACGCGGACUGUGAGCCGCCUGCAGGGCUGCGGACGGGGAGAGGCACGGGCCGGUCCAGCGCCAGCACUGCCCGCCCAGUCCCGGUCCAACUCUCCUCCUCCUAAGCUUGCAAGUGCCAGUGGAAGCCCGUGAUCGGGAGCCAAGUCUUUCUUAGUGAGCAAUCUUAUGUCCUGAUGUCUUAGUGGCCAUUUCGGAACAGCCGUGGCAGUCUCGUCCCUUGCGUUUAUUCCCGAUCGGAGAAUCAGUCAUUCCACUUGGUCAGUAUGAUGCUGAGGUGCCUGUCGAACUUCCUAGAAUUGCGGACCAAAAUUACUUCGUUUAAAAAAACACACACACGCACCCUUGUUUUUUACUUUCAGGUUGCCAAAAUCCAAAACUCUCGUAUUUUUUUUUCACUUUUUAGCAUUUUUACAGUAUUUUGUGUUUUUAAUCUAAAGGGACAUUGUGUAUUUGUGCCAUUUGGGGAACAAAUAAGCUGUGUAUGCCUGUUUACCUUUGAACAGCCGGUGUGGUCACCCCACUGCCGGGUCUGAAAGACCAAUUUUAAAAUAGUUUCUGCCUUCUGUUUUCUGGUCCCCGCAGAUCCCCGUGGAGUUGGAGGGGGGAGGCGGUCUGCUUUCCCAUCCACUGCCACUCCAGUUUUGCCACCCAAGGAACUGAAUACCCUUUUCCCCAGGGCUUCACCACUAAAAUCUGGGGAGCCAUUGUUCAAACAUUCGUUGCGCUUUGGUUUAAUCUUAAUAGUGUCAAAAAUUGGCAUGUUGUGAUUGCUGAUUUCUGGGUCCACGUUUCCUGCAGAUGUUUGUUCUAUUUAUCAUCCAGGUGUUACAAGGUUAUAAAAAAAUAUGAAUUUGGGACAUUAAGGACAAAUGCACUAAAUUUUGCAAGCUGU